UCCAAAUCGGGCUUGUCAAAGCAAUAAUAGUGAUGCACGUCUGCUUGUUUAAUGAAUGUUCAUCAAAUUAGUAUUACACAAUUGUUUUUAAAGACUUUUGAUAUGAUAAUUAUAUUUUUGUUGAAUCGAAAAUAAAAAUUCAAUUAUGACUAAACUUGCGGAAUGGUUUACCGGUUUGUUUGUUGUCACUGGGAUUUGGUAUUCCUGUUUAACGAACAAUAUAAUUUUGAAUAAUCAAGACUGGCAUUCUUGGCUUGUACCUUUAUAUGGAGUAAUUGCUUUUGGUAUUUAUUCUUUGUUUGUUGUACUAUACCGGGUAUAUACCUUCAAUGACUGUCCAGAAGCGGCCGAAGAACUGAAAAUGGAAAUAAAACAAGCAAAAGAAGAUUUAAAGAAGAGAGGAUUUAAAUUUGAACAAUAAAUCUAGAAACUAACAUUUUUCUUUUUGUCAAAUGGACCAAUUUAUUUUUACUUAAUUUUGUUAUAUUUAUGUAAAAUACAUUCAUCUUGGGCUGCUUGUUUAUUAAUAUGAAUGUUAUGCAUUAAAUGUUUUACAAU